UUUGAAUGCACACAGCCACACCUCGAGUCUCACUUUGGAAGAACACACCGGCCCGAUGCCCCGCAUGGAUCUCUCCAAAAGGAUCUCGUUUGGGAAACAUGGCCCAGCCGCACUGAGCAGGACCAACUGACUUUGAGAACGUCUUGUUUUUUCGUCCUGCCCAGCCAUGGUUGAUGUAGACCUGCGCGCGCUCACCCAGCCAGUGGGCGUCCUGCGCUUAAUGGCGACCGUCUUCACCUGUGUGUCUUUCAGCCUGGUGGCGUCCGCGGGGCACGUUUCUACCCCCUACUGGGCGUGGUGCAUGUUCACCUGGUGCUUCUGCUUCUUCUUCACUCUUCUCAUUCUCGUCCUGGAGUUCACAAGUGUCCAAGCCAAGCUGCCAUUCGCCUGGGAUGACUUUACCACCGCCUUCGCCAUGCUGGCGAGCCUCAUGUGCCUCUCCGUGUCCAUAAUGUACCCCGUCUUUUUCACCUGCCAGGCCUGCCCCAACCAGAUCGGUGCCUCCGUGGUGUCCUGGGUCUGCUUCGGGGCCUACGCGGCCGAGGCGGUUCUGACUCGCCUGCGCCCGAGCGGGCAGAACAGCGGGUUCCUCUCGUCGCUGCCCGGCAUCAUGAAGAUGCUGGAGGCCUUCCUCGCCUGUCUCAUCUUCACGUCCCUGGAGGAAAGCCAGUACGUCGGCUCAGCGCAGCUGCAGUGGUGCGUGGCCGUGUACUGCUUGUGCUUCAUCUUCGCCAUCCUCAUAAUCCUCCUCUCCGCUGGACAGCUGACCUCUUUCUUCCCGUUCCCCUUUGACAAGCUCGUGAUCGUCCUUAACAUUUUGGCGGCGGUUAUGUAUCUGACAGCUAUGGUGAUCUGGCCCUUCUAUAGUCUCAGUGGCAACAAGAGACCCAGUAACUGUGGCCACCUGUGUCCCUGGGAUAAACUGGUGGUGGUCACCUUCAUGACGAUCCUCAACGUCAUUGUUUACACCCUGGACACUGCCUACUCCAUACGCCUUGUGUUCUGUGUCAGUACCCAGUGAGCUGCUGCUCAGCGCCACGAACGUGGACCGAGUCCUGGGUUUGAAUUAUUGUGUUAAAGUGAUUCAUUUUGUUGAUGCUUAACAUGAUGUAUGUGUAAAUAUAUAUAUAUAUAUAUAUAUAUAUAUAUAUAUAUAUAUAUAUAUAUAUAUAUAUAUAUAUAUAUAUAUAUAUUCUGCUAAUGUUCACCAAGUGUUCACAAAGAUGAGUUAAUACAACAAUGAAACAUUGGGAGCACAGUACAUUGGAAAAUUUAGUUAAUCAUUAAAACUGUAUCAC